UUUAGGUAAAAAUUUUGUCGAAAAAAAUUAAUGGAUAAACAAAUCAAAAUUUAUAAGAUAAAGCAUUAAAAAAGUUAAUUUGUGGAGAAAAAAUGGAAAUCAUGAGAAGUUGGAGUAUGUCCGACACCCAAACUUCUGUGCAAGCAAAAACAUUUACCAGUGACGAAGAAUUUACAUUGAAGAAUGACAAACAUACCGCUUCCAUUCUAAUCGACCCAAAAGAGGGAACAUCAAAACAGAUAAAUCAAACUAUUUACAGUGGACCCACUGCAAAAAAGACUCCUUCUACUCCAGAGUGCGAAGAAGUUUUGGAAGAGUUGCGAAAAAAGUACUAUAAUCCACGCGAAGGCUCUUCUAAACAAAUGGAUUACAGUAAUCUAAUGGCCCCAAAUAAAACUCCCACCAUUUGCAAACCUGAAGUAAAUCGUUCAGUCCAAAUUUUAUAUGAAACUUACAAAAAAAGGUUUGUCUCUCCACAAAACCAGAUCACGAUUUGUGAAUCUUCCGGAGAGGAUGCAAUGGAACUAUUGAGGUCGUGUGUUCAAUGCGCCUUUGAUAAAGAGGUUGAUUUUUUAGUAAAAAAAUUUGUACAACUAUAUUUUGUACCUGCCAUGAAGAAUUUAAAGGAAAAUUUGGGCGAAAACGCAAUAUCGGAUGAAAUUAUUUGUAGCAUUUGUCUUUCUUUAAUAGAGAAUUCGAAGGCGCAAUACCUCAGUAAUCUGUCAUCAGCGGACACUCAAAUUUCCGAAGCAGCAUCAUUAUCGACUGCCACAACGCCAAAAAUGGAACUAAGUGAAAGCGAUUCUUCAGAUAACUCAUCUCACAAUAAUUUUAUGGGUAGCAUAUUACAUCAAGCACUCAAACGUAAAAGAAUCGACGAAAGUUCUUGUACAUUCAUGGAAGAGGAAACAAAUGGCGAAGAAAUCAGUGAUGAUUUACUGGGCAAAAUUGCAGAAGAAAUUAGCGAAGAAGAUUUGAGUCAAGCAUUUUCUUUCGAAGACUCUAUGUUAUCUGAUAUUCCUUGUUUGAGUCUUUCGCCACCACCACUCAUUGAUGUUUUAAAUACAGAUACAACAGACUUCAAAGUACCACUCCCUCCUAUUGAGACAAUCAAAGGAGUUUGCGCUCCAUUCUCAUCAUUAUUUGUCCCAUCAAAUACGUUAGUGAAUGAUUCUUCUGAGCAAUGUUUCGAUUUUAUUGACUUUGAUUUUAUUGAAUGACCUAGCGCAUUAUUUGACUAACUUUUUACGUCAAAAUAAUUCUUUUGAAUUAAUUAAAAAUUCCUAUUUGAGAUAAAUCAAAAUAUUUUCUGCAAAGUCUCAUAUA